GAUUACAAAGAGAAGCCAGACAGAUACAGAAGAAGAAGAAGAAGAAGAGGAAGAAGAAGAGAUAAGGCUCGCAAGAGGGACAGAGGAAGGGGACACGUCCGGUGAACACUGGCUGCUGGAAAGACACAGUGAAACGGGGCAGGAAAGGGAAAAUACAGGAAUAGGAAGGGAAGCGGGGCUCGUCCACCAGAGAGGAAAAGAGUGAGUGAGUUGUUGUGAAAAGAGGCUGAGGGGGAAACUGAUGGGAUGGCAUUGAUCUGUGGGAGCUGCCGGCUCCUGGGCCAGAUGGCGUCUUGUUGCUGCAGACCGCUGCUCAACUCCUCCUGCUGUGGACCGUUCAUCAAAGUGUGCCUCUCCUCCUUCACAGACAUCUCUCCUGCUGAGCUGGAUGCUCUCUGGAGGGAACCACCGUAUACCCUUGGUGGUGCGAACGAGCACUUCUCCGGACAUGACAUCAUGACUCAAGGCGCAGGUGAGGAGGAGGGCGGUCCGGCGGUGGAGUCGGGUGAAGGAGGGGUGGAGCCCGACAGCUACUGGAAGAAGAAGGAGGCCUUCCUCAGAGGAAGCACCGUGUCGCUGGGAGACAAGUUCUCCUCAGAAAUUGUGCUGCUGUUCACGGGGCGGAGGCGCUCCAGUGCGGAUCCUGACCGGGCCCUGCAGGAGGCGCUGCGCACCCGGCUCAGAGUGGUGGAGAGCAACAGCCAGGACGUCAUCCAGCUCUUUAAAGACUUGUCUGCGCGCCUGGUGUCUGUCCACGCUGAGAAGGACAGCUUCGUGCUCACAUUCAAGACUGUGGAGGAAAUCUGGAAGUUUUCAACCUAUCUAGCAUUAGGUUACGUGGCUCGCUGCCUGGAGAACUUCCUGUGUGAUCAGUCCUUCUGGCUGGACCCAGAGCUGCUCAGCGACCUGCAGAUCAAUGUGACCGUGGAUGAGGAACAUCUGGCAACCCUUUACCUGGGACUCGUACUACAGGAGGGGUCCUUCUUCGCUAAGGCGCUGUUCACAAGGAGUGAGGAGGAUGAAGACGAUGAAGAACAGCUGUCCUUCAAGAAGAACGACCUGCUGAUGGUGAGGGACACGGGGCAGGACGACACGUGGGAGGGCACCCUGCUGUCCACCGGAAACCACGGCCAGGUGCCGGUCAACGCCAUGCAGCCGCUGCCUUACCCCUUCUAUCAGUGGUUCCUGAGGAAGUACCCGGGCAACGCUGGAUGCUCGCCAACAGAAAAGGAAGCAUUCGAACACUCGAUCGUGACGGGUUCCUGUGUAGCAGUGGCCGACUACAGUCCAGUGGGCCCAGAUGAGCUUCAGCUGAGACAAGGCGAUGUUGUGGGGAUCCAGGGUCUGCUGGUCCGAGGCCUGGGCGUGUUCGUAGGAAAACACGCCUCCACAGGGCACACUGGUUUCGUUCACAAGGCCCAUGUCAAACCUCUGGACGCUGAACCUCUAGACGGACAAUUGGUCUUUCUGACUGAGGAGGAGAGGGCCAGCCUGGCUCAGGUUAACCCGGGCAGCUCUGAGCCGAGUGACAGUGGCCUGCUGGAGAGACUCUUCUCGUCUGACAUCAGCUCCGUGUACAGGCUAGAUAGACUGGACGAGAGUGACUUCAUGUACAUCAGGAGUCGGCCAAAACACGAUCACAACGUCCCCGGGAGCACCCGCCAGAGCGCCGUGUCAGAGAGGAGCGGAGGGACGCCCCCGUACCACUCCUCUCCACGCUCCUCUCUCUCCCACUCCCAUCCUCGCCUGUCCCUCUACCACUCCCACAAUCCUCUGCCUCAGGAGGGAGAGCGCCUGUCCUUCACGCUGGAUGACACAUUCAGAGAGCUGGACGAGUUCCAGGAAGACCCUCCCCUCUUCUUGGAGGAGAACAGCUGGGAGGGGGAGGACCCGGAGCGCAGUGACCCCACACUGACCCUGCUCAACUGCCAACACUUCCAGGAGGACUUCCUGCCUCUGUACGACCUGCAGUAUUCCUUCCUGUGGGUGACCUUCAGUGGUAAGACUGAGGAUGAGCUACCGGGGCACCUGGAGAGUGUCAGGGAGUGUGCCAAGAGGAUGGGCAUGCACUGGGCACAUCGACGGGCCUGCUUCCUCCUGGGAAGACUCUGCGCCCGGAGGCUGAAGUUCUCCCAGGCUCGGGUGUACUACGAGGAGGCUCUGAGUGUUCAGGUGGACAGUUUCUCUGACACGCCGCUCCUCGUCGCUCUCUUCACCAACCUCACCGCUGUCUACCUGAAGCAGCGUAUGACGGACAAACUGCCUCAGACUCUGGAGAAGGCCGGCGCUCUGCUCCUCUGCCUCCCUUGCCACGCCUUCACCUCCACGGACGAGGUCGAACUGCUGAAUCUGCUCCUGAGGAGAUCGGUGGUGAUGGGGGACAAGCACCUGGAGGCUCGCGUCUGCUACCUCACCUCCAGCCUCUUCCUGCAGCUCAAGAAGACGGACGAUGCCCUUCCGUUUGUUGAGCGACUCCAGUUCCUCUCGGCGACCCUCUCUGCCACCGACGGGCAUCCUAUAGCUCCCGUGGACCUCAACUGGCUCCUGAGCUGGCUCUAUCAUCGUAAAUACAUGCCGUACUUGGCGCUGGCCUCUCUGAGCCUGGACACGAGACAAGACCACUCCCUUAGCGAUGCUUUCCAGAGGAUCGGGCUGUUUAUCAAGAACUCUGUUCGCCUCAACCCACGCUGGAAGGAAGGAACCUCCCUGCUCCCUGCACAGAUUGUGGUUUACCUUCAGCAGGCCCUGGCUGUCGCCGAGCGAGGGGAGGACAUAAAGACCCAGAGGGACCUGUGCCAGGGCUUGGCCUCUGUCUACCAGCAGUACAACGCCCUGGAUAAUGCAGUGCGCUGUGCUCAGCAAGCUGUGGAGACGGGGGGCCACAUCAAUGAGGAGGAGGGCUUCGAGGCCUCCGUGCUGCUCGGGUGGCUGCUGGUGUUGACGGGCCAGGCUGAGAGGGCCCAGAGCAUCCUACAGCCACUGCUCACAUCACUCCAGGGCACAGACAGUCCCACGCAGCGAGGAGUGAUCCACAACCUCUUGGCUUUGUGUCUGAGGCGGCAGGAUCGCAUCCCAGAGGCAGGCUGGCACCUCCAUUCCGCCCUGGUGAUCUCCAGGGAAAGUGGAAACCAGAGGAACCAGGCCCUGGCACUGGCCAACCUGGGCUGCCUGGCACUGGAUGCGGGAGCGUCUCUGAUGGCGGAGCGCUUCCUGGUCAGAUCCCUCCGUCUUUUCCUGGAGCUGUGGGAAAGCCCCACGGACGAGGAGCACGUUCAGACCUACCUCUGGCUGGGGCGGAGCUACAAAGACAGGGGGCGGAGGCAGGACAGCAGGGCGUGCUUCGAAAUGGGGCUACUUAUUGCACUACAUGCCAGAAACCUACACAGUCAGAUGGUGGUGGCCAAAGUGCUGAGUCGGCUGUACGCUGACAUGCUGCUGUACGGCCAGAGCAUCGUCUACAAUGAGCACUGUGUGUCCGUAUCCAGAGAGCUGAAGGACAAGAGGCUGGAGGGAGAGCAUCUGGAAAUCCUCAGCAGCCUCUACCUCUCACUCAACACUGAAAAAUCGUCUCGUAAAUCUCUGGACUAUACGAAGCAGAGCCUGAGGAUUUCUAUCGAUCUGGGCAAGAGGGAGGAGGAGUCGGAGACCUGGCUGCAGGUGGGACGCAUCUAUUACCUGGUCCAGGAGGACGAGCUGGCUGACAUGUACCUGCAGGCAGCAGUGAAGACAGCCCUGAGGAUGAAUGACGCUCACUUUGCCAUGAGCAUCUACGAGGAGGCAGGAGACGUCUACUUCAAGGGCCACAGGAACCGGAUGGCCUCCCUGCCUUUCUACAGGGACGGCAGUCUGCCAUUUGCACGGAGCAUCAAGGACAUCCACUCAGAGUUCCGUUUGCUGAGUAAACUGACGGAGCUGCUGAUGAAGCAGGGCGAGCAGGAGGAGGCGCUGCAGUACGCCACGCUGGCCGUCCAGAUCGCCAGCAAAACAGGCGUGCUUGCAAACGAGAGGACAGCCUACCACCGGCUGGCUACAGUCUACUACAGCCUGCAGCAGUAUGAGAUGGCGGAAAACUACUACCUCAAGUCCCUGUCGCUCUGUCCGCCCGUCAUGCAGCACCCCAGGGAGGCUCGAUACUACACCAAGAUCUACUGCAGACUGGGCAAUCUCACGCUGCACAAACUGAAGGACGCCUUUGAUGCAGUGGGCUACUUCCACUUAGCUCUGGCGGCAGCCCUGGAGGACCGAGCCAACCCCGAGGCCCUGUACGUGGUGUACAUGAAGCUGGCCGAGAUCCACGGCAACCACAUGCCCGACGCUCAGCUGUGCCAAGUUUACAGAGACAGAGCCCAGACUCUGAAGAGAGUUCUGGCUGGAGAGGACGGAAACGUGGACGAUGGAGACACGGGGCCCGGCCACAAGACGGAAAAGGACUCCAAUGUGGAGCGUGCAGAAAUCGCGGUGAGGAGAAAUGGUGUUCUCACUUCCACACCUGACAAUAACAACUCAUUUCCAAGAACUUGUGUAAUGCGUGGAGACACAGAGGACGCGCGCAGAGACGCUAACACUGGAGAUUCGAAUGGGAGAGAAAGUCACAGCACGAGUCCUCCUGACGCCGACGGCCCUUUUGUGGACGCCGAGACGGAUUUCAUCACCAGUCGGUCGUACAGCGAGAGCAUCUUUACAGAGUCCUUCGACACGGCGAAGGAGCAGAUCUCAGACUCCAGCAGCUCCACGGACACUUUACAGACCCACCACAAUCAAACAGGCGGGGGAGACUGUGAUACCGCCCGCAGCAGAGCGCCCGCUCAUAUUAAUCACGCGAGUGAGAUCACGAGACACGCAGGCGCUCCAAACACAGAUUCUGAAAUCCGGGACGAAGAAAACAGCCUCUCUAAGGAAACGGACGCUCCGGCUGAUCAGUCCGACGCUGACCAAUCAGACACUGUUAGCAUGAGCACUGACAAAGCAGAACACAUGGACCUGGAUGACGUCUACACAUAGUCUCCCAGUGGCACUUUGUACUUUGUACAUUUCCUCCGGCCGGUCACGUAUUUUCUUCCCGACCAGCAAACCGACCCCGACGUUCCAGCCACGUGGCACUUAUUGUAGGAAAAAGAUUUCAGAGAUGUAGUGACUUUAAAGCAUGUGCCUUUCAUUUUGUAUAAUAUAUUAUGUGACUAGUACAGUGCACUGUGCUCGGAAUAUAUGUUUUUUCUAAGUGUAUUUGUUUUGUAUCUCUGGAAGAUAUGACUCAAAACAUAAAGAAUGUU